AUGCUGCUUAACAACAGCCCAAAGGCUUGCGCUUUGUUGGAGAAACCUAAGGAAACUGGGUUUCAGCAAACUACCAGAAUCUGUCUGGAGCAGAUCAGAGAAGCUCUUCUGCAUCAUAGAUGGCAAGAGGCAGCAGAAUAUAUGGCGUAUUACCCACAACUUUUAGAAAACACAAGCCACGCCAAGGCUCAGCAGAAUAAGGAGGUUAUUUGGAGAAUUAGCACUGAGAUCCUUCACCAUCACCCCAACUCAAAGAUGGAAGACUACAACAACAUCUAUGAACGAAUGAAACACUCAGGAGUUAAACACUACCUGAUGAUCUGUCUGGAACAUUCAUUCCACCUGAUGCUUAAUGGUCACAUUGAGGAUGCAAAGCGUCAGCUGUCUCUUGCUGAAGGUUGGAGGCAUGGGAAGGAGUCAGCAGCUCAGUAUCAGAGGACUCAACUGAUCCACUCCUACAGGGGUUUACUGGAUUAUAUCAUCUGGUGUGACAAAAAGGUUACACACUACAACACUGAUCUCUCAGAUCCUCGUGACAACCAAGAACUGCAAAACUACUUCAGACAGGCCUCUGUGAACCUAAAGGAGAUUUUGAAAAGUCCUGGUGUGUGGGAUUCUUUCAUACUGAGUUAUGUUGAGAUGCUGGAGUUCUAUGAAGAUCAUGAGGAAGCUUUACAAAUCCUGAAUGACUACGCUUAUGACAACACUUUUCCACCCAAUCCUAACGCGCAUGUCUAUCUGUACCAGUACUUAAAGCAGCAUGGUACCUCUGAUAGGAAACUGAUGAAAGUAUUGAAGACCCUCCAUGUAUUAGUCCCAAGCCACGAGAUGAUGUUGGACUACAGCUCUUUCCUGCUUCAGUCAGAGAAAAAAAGUGACCUCCAGAAAGCUUUAGGAGUUGUCCUGGAGAUGUUAGACUUCGCCUGCUGGAGGAGCAACCUGGACGUGUGGAAGCGUUUAAAGGCCAUUAUUCAAAAGUUACAGUUACAAGAAGACUGGAAGGACGUCGUCUCUCUAAAAAUGGCUGCAAGAAAAGACUGGUGGCCUGCGCUGCACUUCACAAGCUUCCACGCCAGUAAGGACUCUGAGGAGAACCCGGAGCUCAUGGAACUGAAGGCAUCACUGACAAAAAUUCUUUGCCCAGACCUAAUGCUUAAGUACACAGCAGGACGGGGAACCAGUGGAGAGCAGACUUGAGAGAAGGACUCAAAGAGAAAAUUGUGUCUUCACAAUUCACAAUCAGGAACAGGGCAGAGAUGCCGUCGGAAACAACUGAAAAACCUCCCCGGGAAAGGCGUCUUGAUAAAGAGCAAAAGCCGUCAUAACUGCACUUUUUAUAUAAAGUCUACUUCAACAAGAUUUAUUUUCAUUUGGGUAUUUAAUUAUAUAUAUUUUUUAUAUUUUCAAUUUCUUUUCUUUUUUAAACGUUCCUUCAUGUUUGGUAAAUUGCGCCUUGAGCUUUAUUAUCAAGGCACAGUUUAGAUUGUCCACUAUGUGGAGCUGUUGUUCUUUAGUUUAGUGAGUAUCUGGAGAGUAUGACCAACUCAUUUUGAGUGUAGCUCUGAAUGUCAGUGUUCAUGUUGGUUUCAUGGCUCCAGUAAACGUUUUAAUGGAGGUAGAGCUUCGGUCUGCCCUUAGCUGACCUUUGACCGCUGUAGGGAGGAGUUUAAAGGUCACAAGUGAGUGUACACAAUGCACAACCUGAGGGAUUAUCUCUGUGUCAAAUCUAUUGUCAUGUCAGAAUAGUCAACAUAGACCCUUAAGCAACAUGAUGUGCAGAGGUUUAAGUAAGUGGGACAGGUGCUUGCUGCCAUUAGCUGUGAAAUAUUGUGUAGUAUUUCUGUAGUAUUAGUCCUUUUUCCCUUUUAAUGUGAGAGGUGCCUUCAGUAAAAGAUCGUAAUUCAUUCUUGGUCAGUUAUUAUAUGUGCUAAUAUUUUGCACACACUAUAUCCAUCACUGUCGAGUGUUGUUUUCACAUUUCAGCGUGCCGUGUAGUAAAGAAUUUAGUAAUUUUCUGUAACAAAUGAGAUAUUUCUGUCCUAAGAAUGUUUCUAAUGACAGUAUCCUGGCCUUCAAACACUGCUUACUCUUCUGUAGACCCAACCAUGAAAUAAAGUCUUGCAUCCA